GAUUAUACUGCAUCGUGGAAAAUCAGUCUCAUCAAACAUAUCCGAAUUCACCGGCGAAAAGCCUUUCGUAUGCGAAAUAUGUGCAAAGGCUUCUUCAGAGAAAAGUAAUUUAAAUCGACACAUGAAAGUUCAUGCCACCGAAUUUCCAUUCCAUUGUCAAAAGUGUCGCCGAGGAUUCAAACAAGAAAGCGAAAAGAUCGAACACGAAAAGCAAUGCCAACAUCGACAAUACCAAUGUAUUGUAUGCAAAUACACCACUGAUCAAUUGUCAAGUCUCAAGAAACACAUGCUAAUCCAUAGUAGCGAGAAGCCUUUCCAAUGCCGCGUUUGUUCAAAAGCAUUUAAACGAAAAUAUCAUUUUUGCCAACAUUUACGCAUUCACACCAAACAACUACCGUUUGCCUGCUCAAAAUGUGGACACCGAUUUGCUGUCGAAAUCGACAAACAAUCGCAUGAGGAUCGAUGCAAGUGUCGACGAUACGAAUGCCAUAUUUGCCCAUAUAAAUGUUUCAAGAAAAGUCAUUUGAAAUACCACAUGCAAUUGAAGCACACCGGCGAAAAACAAUUUCAAUGCAAAAUGUGUGACAAGAAGUUUGCUUUGAAAAGUUACCUUAAGAAACAUUUGACGAUUCAUGCCAAACCGCGUCCAAUGCGUUGCACCAAAUGUUGUUGUCGAUUUGCAAACGGAGACGACAAGAAUGCACAUGAAAAGCAUUGCAAUCGACGCCACUAUGAAUGUUACAUCUGCAAAAUUUUGAUGCAACGUCCAAUGAAUUUAAAAAGCCACAUGCGUAACCAUCAUACCGGUGAGAAACCGUUUCCAUGCAAAUGGUGCGAUGCCCGAUUCUCUCUUCAAUGCAAUGCUAAUCGUCACAUAAAGAAUUUUCAUCGUCAAAACAAGUGA